ACAUUAUUCAUUUUCGAUUUGUUUUUGAGUUUCUUGGAUGCGUUUAUGCUUGGGUACAUAUGUAACUUGUUAUUGUCUUUAAUGUGCAAGUUGUUUUUUUUCGAGGUACUGGUGUACGUGAUUGUUAAGGCACAUGAAAUCUGCCUUUCAGUUAAGCUCAAGCAAAAGUUUCCACCAUCAACUUAAGUAAUGUCCAGGUGACUUUAUGAAAAGCUAAGCGAUUAAUGACACAAUAAACUUGUCAUUGAUGUUGAGACGUUAAAUACUUCAUUAACCGUAUGAUGCUACCGUCCUACAGAGUUAAAAAACGUGAAUGAGAGCAAUUAAGUCGAUCAAAGGAAAAUGGGCUCCAACAAUUAAUAUAAAUUUUCUUUGACAAUUUCCGUUCUUUUAUCGUGAACAAAGCAAAUCUCUUAUCCAUUUUGUUUUCGCUGAAAUUGAAAUGAAACAAGAGAAAUCGAUAAAAUUGAUGAAUAUCGAUGGGAAUCGAUGAAAAUCGAUACUCACAACUUUUUUGUUCAUCGAUUUCCGAUAUUAAUCCAUUAAUUAUUAUCGAUUACAUUGAUUGAUAUCGAUUAUAUUAGCCUUAUAUUGAUUAUCGGUUUUUAAUAAUCGACUGGGCACGCCGGGUCUUGUCAUGCUCUGAAUUUGUCACGCAACACACCUAAGUGCAAGGUGGUGACAUGUGAUCAAACGAGAAAGCCUGGACUCUAAUGUAUUUACGGUAAAAUGGCGGGAGGUUGAAUGUGGAGUCUAAUCGUACUCGUCAAAUUAUUUGUGGCAGUUCAGAUGGGAGUAAAUCAUCUAUGGAGUAUCCUGGAGCCAGUUAAGAGAAAGGAGAACCUCUCUGCGCUUAGCAGCAAGACACUUUGUGUUGAUUUAAGUGGAUGGGUUUGCGAGGCGCAAUGCGCAAAAGGUCUGAAACAAAACGUCAGUAAACCUCAUCUUAGAAACCUCUUCUUUCGUUUGCUUCACUUAACGCGACUUGGAGUGAAGCUGGUAUUUGUCGUGGACGGUAAACCACCUGAAUUGAAAUGGAACGCAAUCGCCAAGAGGGUUCAGGCAAGAAAUGGUGGGCAGUUCUGGAGGGGAAAGGCUGGUUCAGGAGCCCGCGUUGGUCGAUCUCACUUCGCGGUCUGGGUGAGAGAGUGUCGUACUCUGUUAAACCUUUUGGGUGUGCCGUGUAUUGAGAGUGCAGGAGAAGCUGAAGCACUCUGUGCCUGGCUUGAUCUCCACCAGAUUGUGGAUGGCUGUAUAACUAAUGAUGGAGAUGCAUUCCUAUAUGGAGCCAGAACUGUCUACAAAGAUCUCUGUAUCAGUGGGAAGGAUGCAUCAGUUGAGUGUUACAGAAUGGAAGAGAUUGAGACCAAGCUAAAUCUCAACAGGCAGAAGCUGGUUGCUCUUGGAAUCCUUCUUGGCUGUGAUUAUCUCCCUCAAGGUGUGCCAGGAGUUGGAAAAGAAAUUUCUAUGAGACUAAUGAAAAAUGUUCAUCAGAGUCACUUAAUUGACAGGUUCUAUGAAUGGACUAAAGGGACAGAACUAGAUGAGAAUGUUUCAAGUGUGGAGAAAUCUGUCAAAUGCAAAGCUUUAAAAGACAAGAAUUUUCCACAUCCUGAGGUCAUUCAGGAAUAUCUGACUCCAAAAGUAGUCCCUCAACGUGUUUCUCUCAAGAUUGCCAAUCCAGAUCUACAGGGACUGCAGGAAUUCUGUCUUAAGCAUCUGGAAUGGCCAGAGGAAUACACCAGAGAUAAGGUUCUGCUACUGAUCACAUAUUGGCAAAUGACAUCAUCACUGCAACAUUGCACCACAACGCUUGUUCAGCCAGAGAGGAUAGUGAAAGCUCGAAUCCAGCAGAAGAUAGAAUGUUAUGAAGUCGAGUGGCAAAAUGUACAACUUGGUGAAACAUGCCCCACAUUUUUUGUGACCAUCGAAACCAGAGAGCUCUUUGCUAAAGUAUACCCUGACCUUGUUGAAGAGUUUAAUAACAGAGAAGCAGCAAAGUUGUCUAAAAAAUCAAAAAAGAAGCAAACUGCCAAGCUCCCAUCAGUGUCUGAUGACUACGAAAAUGAGGUGGAAUUUCUCUCAAAGCAACUGGAAGAUUUAAGUGUGUAUCAGUCAUCUGAACAAAGCCACAUUAGCAUGGCACAAAAUGAAAACCAUUUUGCAGAAGGUGCCGUCUCUGAGUAUUCCAAUGAUGAAUCUCUGCAAGACAUUAUUGAUUCCAUACUUCCAUCAAAUAGUAAUGGUCACUCAUCAUGUGGCAUCCAGAAAUCAAGUCCUUCUGCAAUGAGGAAUGAUAUGAAAAGGAAAUUUUCAGUUGCUGCUAUUGGUAGCCCAAGGACUGAUGAUGGUGAUGAUGAUGAUGAGGAGGAUGGUUGUGUUGGUGAUGAUAGUGAUGAUGAUCACAAUGAUGAUGACAUUCAGUGGGACUUAAAGCCUUUACAGACAGAAGGUCUAGGAUACAUGUAUAGUGUGCAUCAUGACAAUGAGCCUGAGAUUAAUGAGAAGUCUCAAACAUUAGCUACUUCAUCCGUGAAGGGUGUUGAAGCUAUCCCAGAUCUAAAGCGUGUGUUAGAGUGCGUUAAUACUGAUGAUUAUUAUAACUAUGAUAGUCGAAACGUGAACAGUAACAAUGAUAAGCCUAUUGAAUGGCCAGUGACAUCACUUGAAAGAAAGAAAUUAGAAGAAUUAAAACCCAUUCCGUGCACUGGAAUUCAAAGAGUUGUCAUGACUAGAGACAACAACAAGGGUCAUGGAAAGAGUCCUACGAGUACCCAAAGGCAGAAUGAGAAACCGUCAAAGUCAAAGCUAAGUGAUGCUGAUCUUAUCGAGAUCUUUGGGUCCAGUGAUGAAGAAGUUGAUGACAAAUCUUUUGUAAUAAAACAGUCUUCUUGCUCAACGAAGUUGGAGGGUGGAACAAAAACAUGUGACACGAGGCUCGGUGGCACUAUUUCAAGGAACAAAUUGCAUGAUGUUUUUGAUUCUUCAGAGAUGGUUAAAUUCCUUCACACACCACUGCAGCAUGCCAAAUUGGGGUUUCCUUGUGAUACUGACUGCACCAGUGUCCUCGCAGAAAAUGGUAGAGAAGUUAUAACAAAUAGUAAAGGUUGUUUGGCAAGUAUUUUGCAGGAUGUUUCAUGUGCAAAGUCAAAUACAAGCUCAUUCAAAGGAGAUGCCAACCUUGGUGCUAAGAAAAACAAGGAAGAACUUACAAAAGCUACAAGGAAAGUCCUAGAACCAGCAAAUACAAUCUUAGACAACAGUUUCCAGCCCUCCAUGCAAGCAAUUGAUUCUCACGAGGAAGAAAACUGUGACAGUGUUGAUGAAAUUUCUUCCUGUGAAAGUGUUGGUAAAUUCCAAGAAUACGAGUCUUGGAAAGAAAACACUGCCUCUCCAUUUGAUGAUUACAUGCCUGCUCCACUGUCAAAACGGCUUGGGAAGCAAUUCAGUGCAAAGCAAAGGUUGGCCAGUCUCCACUCUAUUUCUUCAGUAACAGAUGACUCCUGAGUUAGGUGUAACUUGAAAUUAACUCAGUUUUAUCACAAGUAAAACUGUAAAACAGUGUUAAAGAGUAAGAUAGAGAUGGCAGCCAAACAAGGAAAUCUUUAAAAGAGUACUGAUGCAUUGUGGACUAUGUGUCUACUAAUUUUUUUUUGUGCACAAACAAAAGAUAAUGAUAAUAAUAAUUAUUAUAAUAAUGAUACUAAUGAUCCCAGACGUCUGUUGAAAUUGCUUUUGUUUUUUUCGGGUCAUUACAUGCACUGUUAGUUUCAUUCAGGGAUUCAGAAAAAGUGAUCAUGUGAUGAUGAAUGUCAUGAUCAUGUGAUGAGUGAAUCUCAUCGUCAGGGAAGGUGCUUCACAGUUUGUUUGCAAGUUUGUUGAGUUUCUCACUUUCAAGCAAGAUACAAUUCAAGAUGUGUUACAGAGAAGAGUUUGACUGAUGCAAAAUUCAUUGCAUGGAUAAGAUUUGCCUCGAACUUGCCACUUUUGAGGAAUUUGCAACAGCUGUGCUGCAAACUGUAGCCAAAAGAUGUUUGUAAUCAUCUGGUCACUUUUGUUUUUAUUCAGCGGCUGAAACCAGCAGUGCUUGACUGGGAUCAAUAGUAUACAUAAUUAUACUGUAGAUCUUUGGUGAAGUGAAGUUAUUCAGAGCCGUCCUCAUAAAGAGUGAAAGACAGGGCAGACUAGGUAACACUCUUUGGGGUCAUAGAGGGGAUUAUGGCUUGU